AUGCUGUUCAAACCGGUGUUUAAUAUGGUGCUCUCACCCAUAACUAUCAUAAUAUCAAUAAUUGGCAUGUGUGGAAACAGCUUAGUAGUUUGGUACCUCUCUUUUAAGAUAAAGAGGAACACUUCUACAGUAUAUAUUUUUAACCUUGCCAUGGCUGAUGCUGCCCUUCUGCUUUUUGUCAUUGUAUUGACUUUUAUUGCUAUGGUUUUCACCCUAGCCCCAGGGUUAGAAGCUCACUAUGAAGAUGUUCAUUUUAUCAAUGUGAUUGACACACUUAUCCUAGCUUGCAUAUUUGGAUACAAUACCAGCUUAUGCCUUCUUACAACUAUCAGUAUUGAAAGAUGUCUGUCUGUCCUGUUUCCUAUAUGGUAUCACUGCAACAGACCAAAACAUCUAUCUUCUGCUGUGUGCACUUUUAUAUGGGUCAUGUCUUGUCUGCUUAGUGCUCUUGAGGUAGCUUUUUGUUACAAUGUUACAUACAACCAAACAGGCCUAGUAGAGGGAUCUGGUGCAGAAUGUAAAUUUGUCUUUAUUAUUAUCUGUUGCUUUAGCUUCAUGAUCUUCAUUCCAUCAAUGACAGUAUCAAGUGUGAUUCUGCUUUUAAAAGUAUGGAAAAGUUCUCAGCAACGACAGCCGAGGAAGUUAUAUGUGGUCAUCACAGUGACAGUUGUUUUCUUUCUUGUGUUUGGAAUGCCUAUGAGAAUCUUACUACUAGCAUGGUACAAACACCAUAUUAUGCCACCGUUCCCCAUCAUGGAUUUAUUUUCUUUGUUCUGCUCUAUCAACAGUGCUAUAAAUCCAUUUGUAUACUUCCUUGUUGGUCGCAGAGGCACGCACGGUGGAAAAUUAACACUCCUGGCUAUUUUUCAGGCUGUAUUUCGAGAUGAAGGAUCACAAUAUAAAAGAGAACAAAAAAAGAUAUCAGCUGAACCUGAGACAGUGAUGUGA